CUAUCCUACACCGUCCGUUACAAUGGGACUACGGUAUGCGAACAUCACGCUCGGGAUCAUACGCCUCGACGGAGAUUUCUCCCGCAAUUUGACCCUCCAGCAAUGCAUCCAUCAAGGCUAUCGCUUAGAACAGUACGAUCUUCUUUAUGGCAAGCAGCAGCACGUCCGAGCGGAAUACGCUCAGAUGACUUGCUAUUUUAUGAACCGAGAUUCAGAGCCAAUGCACCUCGACCUACUUGCGUCAGACACGACCUUCGCGUUUCGGUACCAUUUCCCGACGUCCAGCAAUAUAUCGGCCAAGUACAUCGUGGCGGAGAACACUACGUUCAAUAUUAGGCAGUCAGCGAACGACUUCCAACUUCUGCAACCUUACGACAGCCCGGUACCGAAGUAUCAAACCUUCUAUCAGCCACGUAACAACCGUACCAAAGCUCACAUUGGCGAGACCUACUCGGCUACCGGCUUCGGACUACCGGCUUUCUUCUACACCGAGGCGGACGAUCAGAGUUAUUUCGUGCACCUCAAAGAAACAGGGUUCGACGGACGGUACCCCAUCAGCCAUAUCUCCAACGCCACAGGCGCAAAUAUCACCCUGGCUUUCCCAGAUCCAGCAGACGGCAACGGUAUGAUGGGGUCGGCCAUACCACACUCUAUUCUGCCCUGGUCCACACCGUGGCGGGUGCUGACUAUUGGUACCACUGCUCGUGCUAUUGUUGAGGAUACCAGUGUUACGGAUCUCGCCCAGCCAAGCGAAGCGAGCAACGCAGCAUUCGUCAAGCCUGGGGUCUCCGCCUGGAGCUGGUGGUCCAAUCCCAAUGGUGACACCAACUACACGGUGACCGAGUCGUAUAUCGAUCUUGCUGCCAACCAGAGCUGGCCAUACGUGUUACUAGACGCCUCAUGGGACCAACAGACCAUAGACGGCGUCCAGGUACCGCUUGCUGUCAUUCACCAACGCGCUGAGUCCCGCGGCGUGAAGCUUUGGGUUUGGAUGAACUCGGCAGGCGUCAACAACAAUGCCUCGGUGGUAACAUCAGGCCCCAAGGACCUGCUCUGGCAGCCAAGCAUCCGCCGCCAAACCAUGGCAAACCUCAAAGCAAACGGCGUUGUUGGCUUAAAGGUCGACGGCAUCCAGAGCGACAAGCAGGAGAUGGUAUCGUAUCUCCUUGAUAUUCUCUCGGACGCCGCCGAUGCUGGCUUGAUGAUCAUUCUCCACAACUGUAUGCCGCCCCACGGCUGGGAACGAAGGUGGCCUAAUCUGCUGGGUCAUGAGGGUUUGAUCGCUUCAGAGUACUACACAAACGCGGCGACGGACUACGGCUCGCAGAUGCCGGAGAACAACGUCAACGAGGCAUUUGUCCGCUAUCCCAUCGGACCUGCAGAUUACUCUCCAGGAAGCUUUUCGCAAGGCCUGUAUCCCAACGACAGUGUCCCUACCACGGACGCCCACGAGACGGCGCUUAACAUCAUCAUUGAUUCAGGCUUACGCAUCCUCCCGGAUACAGUGCAGGCGUACGAGCGCACCGUCUCUCCGCUGAUCAUGAGCAUGCUCGGCGCAAUCCCAUUUGCUUGGGACGAGACAACUUUCUUGGCUGGUGAACCAGGGAAGUACUUCGUGGUCGCCAAACGAGCUGGGUCGGUACUCUAUCUGGGUGCUAUAAAUGGCGAAACAACCUUCAUCUCGAACCAAACCCACGCUGCGUCCGCCGAUUGGAAGCCAGCUCAGGGCGUAGCUCGAGAUUUGACGCUGGAUCUCUGGCAAGCGGGCUACCGGGUUUGCGGCAACAGUACUGUCAUCGCAGACAGCGCUGGCUCGAAGAUUGCCAAUGCUACGGUAGGCGCAGGGUGGAAUGGGUCGAAUAUGAUCCAUGUGCACAUGGAGCCGUUUGGAGGCUUUGCAGCCAGGUUUACACUCUGUUGAAAAUUGGUGGAAAGGGUGAGUGGUCUAAAUAAUAGAAAAUGACCGCCGCUCAAGGCUAUCAAGAUCAGGAUGCCUGGCCGGGUGGUCAUCCAGAAUGGUUGCUGGGGAUCUACUCCGAUCAAACGACAGUAUGUCAGACGUCCAUAGACCCGCGCGCUCAUACGCUCCGCUAACGCCAUCUGCUGCGGGCCGUAGCAAAAGACCAGCAUACAUGAACCAAAAGUCGCCGGUCUCGCUUCCGUGUAGCUUGCCGAUAAUAAGGAGGACUACUUCUGCUGGUACGUCCGCAAAGUCGCCGUCAAUGAGGGUCCGUGAGCCUUCCAUCCAUGUGUGCGGUACUGUGUCCGGCAGGUUUCGAAGGGUAGCUGCAUGGCUGCU